AUGGGGAAGAGAUUCAAAACCAAUGAUGAAACUUCAAAUCUACCUCCAGGGCCAUCGCAAUUACCUCUGAUUGGUAAUUUGCCCCAGCUAGUUGGCUCUCUACCACAUCACAGACUCAGAGACCUGGCCAAGAAAUAUGGACCCUUUAUGCAUCUACAGCUUGGAGAAAUUUCUGCAGUUAUUCUUUCAUCGCCAGAGUUCGCGAAAGAAGUGAUGAAAACUCAUGAUAUUACAUUUGCAUCAAGGCCUUAUAAUCCAGCAACAAGUAUCAACGAACGCAUGAAGUCUGACAAGAGUAAAGGAGAUAAACAUCUGGAAAUGUUUGCUGCUGGCAUUGAGACAUCUUCGACAGUAUUGGAGUGGACAAUUUCUGAAUUGAUAAAGAGUCCAAGAGUGAUGGAAAGAGCACAAGCUAAAGUGAGGGAAGUCUUUAAUAGAAUGGAAAAGGUUGAUGAAACAGGUAUUUUUGAAAUGAAGUUCUUGAAACUAGUGAUAAAAGAGACUAUGAGGUUGCAUCCUGCUGUUCAUUUGUUAAUUCCAAGAGUAUGUAGAGAGAAAUGUGAGAUUAAUGGGUUCAAUGUACCUGCCGAUACCAAAGUCAUGGUUAACGCAUGGGCGAUUGGAAGAGAUCCAGAAUAUUGGAACGGUAUCAAUUUUGAGUGCCUCCCAUUUGUUGCUGGAAGGAGAAUGUGCCCUGGAUCUUUAUUUGGUCUUGCCAAUGUGGAACUUCCACUAGCUAUGUUGCUGUAUCAUUUUGACUUGAAACUUCCUGAUGGAAUGAAGAAUGAAGAUUUGGACAUGACCGAGUCCUAG